UCUUGAUUCUUUAAUGGCGGAUGCAGCUGUGGAGUUCCUUUUGGGUAAUCUGAAGCAGCUGCUAGUCUACAACGCCCAUUUGAUCUCAAGCGUCAAAGAUCAAGUCGAUUCCCUCUGCAACGACCUCCGUCUACUGGCAGCUUUCGUCAAGGACACCACCGAGAGCCGGAGCAAGCACGCCGUCGUCAAAGAACUCGUCAGACGAAUCAGAAUCGAAGUCUAUAAAGCCGAAGACAUCGUUGAUAUGUACGUCGUCCACGCUUCCGUCCAGAAAUCACGAACCAGUCUCGAGAAAGCCUUCCACAUCACAGAUUAUCCCCUGAAACUCCGAACCGUCGGUAAAGAGAUCCAUGAUAUACGUCGACGCGUGAAGGAGAUCUACGAUAAUAAAAUGUUCGGCUACGAAGCUUUAGGGCGGAGAGAGUCUGUUACCAGAUCUCCUCCAGCUGUGGAGGAGGAUAACGUUGUGGGUUUCGAUAAAGAAGCUGAAAAAAUGGUGGGGUGGCUCAAGGCGGAGAUGGAGGAGCUGGAUGUGAUCUCCGUCGUGGGUAUGGGCGGAUUAGGGAAAACAACUCUUGUUAAGAAAGUUUAUAACGAUCCAUCGAUUCAAUACGAGUUCUUCAUUCGUUCUUGGGUUUAUGUUUCCCAAGUUUACAGUCGAAGAGAAGUGUUUCUUAAAAUCUUGCACGAUGUUACUCGAGAAAACAAAGAUACAUCAGAAUGGAGUGUGAACACCAUAGCUGAUGAGCUUCGUAUCAAAUUGCAAGAUGGAAGAUAUCUAAUUGUGUUGGAUGAUGUGUGGACUAAACAGGCAUGGGAUGAUCUAAAAAUGGUGUUCCCCAACACCAAAAAUGGGAGUCGAAUCUUGUUAACGAGUCGUAACAAGCAUGUGGCACUGCACGCUAACACGAAUCGACCGCCUUAUCAGCUUCGGUUUCUAACACCUGAUGAGAGUUGGGAGCUCCUUGGAAAGAAGGUUUUCCCUAGAGGAAGUCAUCGCCCAAAAGAAUUGGAGGAUCUCGGGAAGCAAAUUGCACGAAAAUGCUAUGGUUUACCGCUGGCGCUAGUCGUGAUUGCCGGAAUUCUUCGAAAGAAAGACAAGACGAGAAGUUGGUGGGAGAAAGUAGAGGAAAAGGUGAAUACUUAUGUAGCAAUGGAGCCAGAGCAAUGUAUGGAUGUGUUAGCAUUGAGUUAUAACCAUUUACCGUACGAUUUGAAGGCGUGUUUCCUGUAUUUUGGUGUUUUUCCGGAGGAUUUUGAGAUACCCGUUAGGAAACUGAUCCAUAUUUGGGUCGCUGAGGGGUUUAUUCAGCGAAUUGGAGACGCGAGCGCAGAAGAGAUGGCGGAGGAGAACUUGCAGGAUCUUGUGGACAGGAAUCUGGUGUUGGUCGAAAAGAGGAGGGCGAAUGGCGGGAUCAAAACUUGUCGAAUUCACGACAUGCUGCACGAUUUGUGCGUCAAACAAGCCGAAGAAGAGGAUUUCUUCAAGGAGAUCAAGGGUUUGGAACCUUCUUCUUAUAUAAAAUCCGUGAGUCCAACUGUGUUUAGGCGUCUUUGUGUCCAUACCCGAGUUUCCGAUUACGUUUCCUCGAAGCCAGAUUCUCCACACGUCCGAUCUUUCCUGUGCUACGCCAAGGAAGAAACGGUUUUAGCUCCUGAUCUCAUAACCUACUUUCCUGGUUCGUUUCGAUUGCUUCGAGUUUUGGAUGUUCGGCCUAUCAGUUUCCCUCGUUUCCCCAGCAUCCAACUCGUUCAUUUGAGGUACAUUGCGUUGUUAGGCACGUUUAAGGUUCUCCCGGCAGCCAUUUCAAACCUUUGGAACCUGCAAACGCUUAUUGUAGAGACCACAUUUCGUAACAUUGAAGUUCAAGCAGAUCUCUGGAAAUUGUUGCAGUUAAGGCAUGUUUAUACUAGUGCAGCUAGCGAUUUGCCAACUCCAUCUUCGAAAUCCCGAAAAGGUGUUAAAGACCCUUUGGUCAACGAAAACCUUAGGACCAUGUCGAAAGUGUCACCAAACACUUGUACGGAUGUGAUCUUCGCUAGGACACCGAACCUGCAAAAACUUGGUGUUCGUGGGAACUUGAUGUCGCUUAUGGAAGAGAAAAAGGGUAGUUGUAAGUUCGAUAACAUUGCGAAAUUGACUCACCUCGAGACGUUGAAACUGUUGAACGACACGUAUCCAAUUUCACCAUUGGAUGGUAAAUUGCACGGCCUUCCGGGAUGGUACAAGUUCCCGCCGAAACUAAAGAAACUGACGCUAUCCGACACUAUGCUGAAUUGGGAACAUAUGUCUGUUCUUGGGAAGUUGCCGAGUCUUGAGGUUCUGAAACUCGGAGACAAUGCUUUUGUUGGCGAAUGUUGGGAGACUCCAGAUGGGAGUUUCGUUCGACUACGCGUUCUUGAAAUCGGGAAGACAGAUUUGGCGAUUUGGAAGGCUGCUGAUGAUCAGUUUCCGCAACUUCAACGGCUUAGUUUGAAGCACUGUGAACAGCUUGUGGAGGUGCCUUGGGGUCUUGGAGGCAUAACAACACUUGAGGUUGUGGAGUUGAGUUGGACUUCUCAUUCGGCUGUUGCUUCUGCCCACAGGAUUCAAAAGAAUUUCAAACUUGUCAUCUUCCCUCCGGAUCAAGAAACUCAAACUUGAGAGCUCUACUGGAUGUCAUCUAAUGAUCGUUCUUUGAGUUUCAUCUUCUCUUCGUAUAAGUAACAAGUAACAAUGGUCAUAUGGUUCUAGGACAUGUCGUUUGAGUUGGCAUAACAAUAAGAUUAUUACUGAUGCAUCUAAAACUUUUCAUAAUAAUAAACGAUUUUCAAUAUAUGCAAAUUAACCACCUAUGAAAA